AUGGUGAAAGCUAGAGAAACUGUUAUUAGCGAGUUCAAUGAUCUCGUCAACAUGACCCCAAAGGAACUACGUGAUUGGCUCAAGGAGGAGCAAUCGAUCUCAUCUGGAUGGACAAAUGAUUCCGGUGAGACUGUUGGUCAUGAAAGCGGUCGGAAAAUUGUGCAGAUCCUUGAGCACAACCCCGAUGAGGACCCCUCCGGUUACUCGGAUUCAGAGAUCGACCACAUGCGACGUGUGGUUUCUUACUGCAAGCGCCACCUGGCUCAGGAGGAAAGCGUGAAACGCAACACCGAAAGCAAGAGCUAUCGAUCCCUCAAGAACUGGGGUCAUGAUGCGUUGAAGGAGUAG